GCGGCUCUGGCGGCCUCGACGUUGGUGCGUAUACAGAGCGCAAAGCGAGCGCACGUCACUGCUGUUCCUUACUACACCGCCUGUGAGUAAAAACGAACCGAAACGCCGGCUUCGCUGUGGAGAAGAUUUCGGCGCACAUUUGGGACACCACCGCUAUGGACGCCUCGCGAACACUAGCGCUAUGCGUGCUCUUGGUUUUCCUGUGGAGUUUACCGUGCACCCAGUCGGCAGCGAUCGUGCCUUCCUCGGGGCCGAAAAGGAACAGGGGGACCAGGAGCCCACAUGAUGGACAAAGGUCACCCAAAUUUCUUAAAGAGGUUUUUGCGUCAUCCCCCGGUCUAAGUGGACGAGAUGAUUUUAAGAACUCGGUUGUGCCACACGAUUACAUGCUCUCCAUAUACAGGACUUACUCUGCCGCUGAAAAGCUGGGGCUAAACGCGAGCUUUUUCCGCUCUUCCAAGUCUGCGAAUACCAUAACAAGUUUUGUAGACAGGGGAAAAGACGAACUCUCGCAUUCCCUUUUGCGAAGACAGAAAUAUGUGUUUGAUGUCUCCACUCUCUCGGACAAAGAGGAGCUGGUGGGAGCGGAAUUGAGGAUCCUUCGUAAACCCCCAGAGGACGCGCUGUCCUCUCCGUCGGGUCUCUACAACAUUGAGCUGGUGUCCUGCAGUUCGGCAAGGUCUCUGGACUCGAGCAGCUCUGUGGGUCUGCGCGACGCCCGAAACCCGGCCUGGGAGGUUUUGGACGUGUGGGAUUUGUUUAAAAGAAGACUCUCCACGGCUCACGGGAGUCCGCUGUGUGUGGAGCUCAAGGCCACUGUGGGUCAGUCCGAUGCUGAAAUGGACUUGAGGUCACUAGGUUUUGAGAGGCGCGGUCGCGCGCAGCGAGAGAAGGCCAUUCUGGUCGUGUAUGCCCGCUCCCGAAAGAGGGAGAACCUUUUCAACGAAAUGCGGGAAAAAAUCAAGUCGGCUCGAGGCUCUCGCGGCUCCGAGCAGGACACGGGGCUGCAAUUUAAAGCGCGUCGGAGACGGAGAACUGCGCUGAGCAACCGGCACGGCAAGAGACACGGCAAAAAGUCGAAGUCGAGGUGUAGCCGCAAGGCGCUACACGUGAACUUCAAAGAGCUCGGCUGGGACGACUGGAUAAUCGCGCCCCUGGACUAUGAAGCGUACCACUGUGAGGGCAUGUGCGAUUUCCCGCUCAGGUCGCACCUGGAGCCCACAAACCACGCCAUCAUCCAAACUCUCAUGAACUCCAUGGACCCAAACAGCACGCCGCCCAGCUGCUGCGUGCCCACCAAACUAAGCCCCAUCAGUAUACUAUACAUAGACUCCGGCAAUAACGUCGUUUACAAACAGUACGAGGACAUGGUUGUGGAGCAGUGCGGCUGCAGGUAGCAAUGCACGACGGGAAUAUAGCUUAACACACUUGAAGUAGAGGGCGCCCAACACGACACGAAUCCGUGUCCAGAAUAAAGUUAAAGCUCCUGUAAAACGAAAAGACGUGUUUAGGCCACAUAGGGAUUCAUGGUCAUUUCUUGCCAUAACCUGUAGUCUGAUAAUGCUUAUAUUCUUAUACGUGAACUCUAAAUUAUCACCACAAUGGCACCGACCACUUUUCUACA